CGUGCGAUUCCGCGUGCCAAGCUACUACUUGUUUGCGGCGAGGUAAGUUGUUCAAGUUUCAAGCCGGCAUCGCUCACCCAGUGCAAUCUUCCGUGAGGCAGACAUCCUUGACCUCGACCACGGGCGAGACGAUGUUGAGAUGCUUAAUGGUAUGGACGACAUCGAUGGGCUCGAAGAGCGCGAGCCUCCUCCUCUCCCCGGCGUCGUACAUGCGCGAUACCUCCGCCUAUCCGAGCCCACCGAAACAGCACCCGUCUUCCGGCUCUUCCUCAACUUUGUCAGCAGCGGACACCUCACAAUCCCGGACGAUGGGACGACACUAGACUCGCUUGAGCUCCUCCGCGCGCUCGUCCUCUUCCUGCGCAAGUACGAAUGCGAAGGCACGCUGGCGCUCGUCCUCACUGUCCUGCGUGAGGCGGUACGCAUGCCUUCCUCCGUCUCGCCCCUCGCUGCCUUCGUAGCGGGUGCAUCAGCAGGCGACGCAUUCACUUGCUCCGUCGCGCUGGACGUAACGGACUGGACAUGGCGCAUGAUGGACCGGCACGACUUGCCGGCCGCGCCGGACGCGAACGUCUUCGACCCGCACCACAUGCCUGUGUCGGUGUGGCAGCUCAUUCCGCCCAUGUACACCUGGGCGCUGACGACGGCGUGGAGCGGCGACGGGUCCAGUGUGAGACGGCGGGAGGACGAGUACGACGACAGCGCGGCGCGGCGGAGCGCCGUCGGCAGCCGGUGUGACAGCACGCUUGGGCGGCGCGUACAUGCGUGGCAGCAGUGGCUAUAGUGUAUCAUAAUUGUGUUUGGUGUCUAGAUGACGACUAGGUAACGAUGUGAGACGGCGGGCGGUAAAGCUUGGAUCCGCGACAAAGAGCUCCUCCCGCCAAGUUCUGAAUAUUUGGCGUUGUAUGGAGUUCGUUGACG